AUGAAUUCAACAAUAAUCUUUGGAGUACUAUUAUUUACUAUGGCUAUUGGUUGGCUUGAGGCAUCGAUUGGCCUUAGUACAAGAACAAUUACCGAAAAACAAGGUCGUAAUGUUGUAUUAUCAUGUCAAUUCGAACGUCUUACCGAUCGAGAUCGAGUUAUGUGGUCAAAAAAUGGUAUUGUUCUUUCUGUCAAUCAAGAAAUAUCAGGUGACAAACAAAAAUAUGAAAUUAUUGGUAAAUAUGAUUUAAUUAUUAAAAAUAUUGUUGGUAAUGAUGAUGGACACUAUUUAUGUCAAAAUUUUGAUCAACGUUUAUCUAUGACUAUUAUAUUAACCGUUUUAACACGACCAACAAAACCAGAAUUAUAUCAAACAAAUGAAACUUUAGUUGAAGAUAAUUUAGCAGUAUUUAUUUGUUCAACACAAGGUGGAAAUCCAUCACCAACAUAUACUUGGUUAAUUAAUCAAAUACCUAUAAAUGGAUCAUAUUUUACUGUAUCAUCGAAUACAAGUGAAUUACGUUUACCAUUAGAAAAACGUUUUCAUAAUGAACAAUUAAUAUGUCAAGUUAAUAAUAAAGCAUUAGAAAAUCCAUUAAGUACUUCACGUACAUUAAAUAUUCAAUAUAAACCUGAAAUAAAUCUUCGUCAUGGUCAAACAUUAGUAACAAAUCUUAAUUUACUUGUUAUUGAAAAUGAUCGUUUAACUCUUGAUUGUCAAAUUCAAUCAAAUCCAUCAAUAAUUGAACCAAUAGCAUGGCUUAAAAAUGGUGUAUCAAUGACUGGUAUCAAUUCACCAUCACUUACAUUACAAACAAUUAAACGAAGUGAUGAAGGUGAAUAUACAUGUAUGACAUCGAAUUCAAUUGGUCGUGGACAAGCAUCAGUUCAUAUUCGUGUACAAUAUGCACCUAUUAUUCGAUUAACUGGUGGCGGAGUUAUAUCGGAAAAUAAACGUUUAGUAUUAACAUGUAUUGUUGAUGCAUAUCCAUCAAUUGAUUCUUAUGAAUGGUAUAAAAAUGAUGAAAAAUUAAAUAUUAGUUCAUUAACAUCAUCAUAUAUAAUUGAUAAAAUAUCAAAAUAUGAUACAGGAAUUUAUAAAUGUUUAGCUAAAAAUAGUUUAAAAUAUUCAAAUGGAAGUUCAAUUGAAAAAUUUGAUAAAACACAAACACGUGUAACAGUUGAAUAUACACCUAUUGUUACUUCAUUAACACCAAUACUUGCACUCGAUCUAUUUACAUUAAAUAUAAAAUUACAAUGUGAUAUUGAUUCUUAUCCUGAAUCAACAAUUAUUUGGACAUAUAAUGAUCGACAAAUAUUUAAUUCAAAUAAAUAUUCUAUUAUAAAAAAUAAAACAUCAUCAUAUUUAAUUAUUCAACAAUUACAAUCAAAUUUCGAUUAUGGUUUUUAUUCAUGUAAUGCAUCAAAUAAAUUAGGAAAAAAUUCUACAACAAUACAAUUAAGAUCAAAAGAUAUACCUGAAACACCAACAAAUGUUAAUAUAACGAGUUUAACAUAUUCAUCGAUUAGUUUGAAAUGGCAACCAGGUUUCGAUGGAGGUUGGCCACAAUCUUAUUGGGUUUCACUUAAUAACUCAUUAUGGAAAGAAACAAAUGAAAGUCAAUAUACAUUUAUAAAUCUAAAACAUUCUCAAACUUAUAAUAUUAUAAUUCGAGCACAAAAUCGUUUGGGUCAAAGUCAAAAUUCAGCAUCAAUACAAGCUCAAACAAAAGAUGUACCAAUAACAAAAGAAGAUUUACCACAAAUUGAAUAUUCUACAAUAUAUUAUUCAGAAAAAAUACUUGAUUAUCGUUUAAAUAAUUCAAGUUUUAUUUCAUUAAAAGUUCCAUUAUGUUUACGAAUUAAUAUUUAUAAUCAUUCGAGUAUAUGUGAACGUAUUGUAACAUCAAGUGGAGUAAUUAAAUUAGAUGAACAAUAUUUAUUAAAUAUUCUUAAUGUAUCUAUGUGUGUUGAUCAAUAUGAAGAUUAUUGUGGACAAACACGAUCAGUUGAAACCAAACGUGAAUUAGCAUUCAAUUGGAUAUUUAUUUUGAUUGCUUCAAUUAUUAUUGUUUUCUUUUUAAUUCUUUUGGGUCUUUGUAUAUUUUGUAUAAUACAAAAUCAUAAACGACGACGUAAUAAAAAUCAUGAUAUAAUUACAUCAUCACUUAAAAAACCUUCACCACAACAUCCAAUAGUCAUUGAAUCUACGCAUAGUCCACAUAAAUUAUUUUCAUAUUCUGAACAACAACUUCAAUCAUCAUUUUCAAAAAUAGCUGAAAUACAAAAAAUUGAUCAAUUUAAAGAUAAACAAACAAAUCGUUUAAUAGUAACAACAACAACAUCAACAGGUACAAAUGGAAAUUUUUCAAGUAGUACUAGUGGCUCAAGUGAUCCAAUAAUAUCAAAUCCAAAUUCAUCAUCAUUAUCAGGUAGUGAUCAAUUAACAGUUACAGAUUUUUAUCCAAUAUCAACAGUAACAACAAAUCCAAAUGAUUUACCAUUACCAUCAGCGCAAAAUGAUCUACUUUGGUCACAAUCUCAAUAUGGUAGUUAUGGAUUUCCAUUUUAUACGACAACAAAUAAUAUGCAUGAAAUAAUAUCAAAUAAAAAUCAUACAAAAGAAGAUAGUGCUGAAAGUGGUUAUUCAACACCAUCAAAAAUGAAUCAUCAAAGCAAAAAAACUGUCUACGAAGUUGUUGUAUAA